AUGGCGCUGGGACCCCCGCCCGAGGAGGGCACCGUGGCUGUGGUGGUGCGCGUGCGGCCCCCAAACCCCUGCGAGCGGGAGGGGGCUGCGCACGCCGUGCUGCACGUCGUCGACCAGCACAUCCUCGUCUUCGACCCCGAGGAGCCCAGCGGCCCCCCCGGCACCGCGCUGCCCGGCCGCGGGGCCAAGCACCGGGGCAAGGACCUGAAGUUCGUCUUCGACCGGGUUUUCGGGGAGGGGGCCACGCAGGAGGAGGUGUUCCAGCACACCACGCGGGAGGUGUUGGACGGCGUCCUCAAUGGCUACAACUGCUCCGUGUUUGCUUACGGGGCGACGGGAGCGGGGAAAACCUACACCAUGCUGGGCUCGGAGCAGAGCCCCGGCAUCAUGUACCUCACCAUGGUGGAGCUGUACAAGAGGAUCGAAGCCAGAAAGGACGAGAAGAGCUGCGAGGUGCUCGUCUCCUACCAGGAGGUGUACAACGAGCAGAUUCACGACCUGCUGGAGCCCAAGGGCCCCUUGGCGAUCCGGGAGGACCCAGAGAAAGGAGUCGUGGUCCAGGGCCUCUCCUUCCAUCAGCCCAAAUCGGCAGAGCAGCUCCUGGAGAUGUUGGCCAACGGCAACAAAAACCGGACGCAGCACCCCACAGACGCCAACGCCACCUCCUCCCGCUCGCACGCCGUGUUCCAGAUCUACGUGAAGCAGCAGGACCGUGUUGUCGGCCUCGCUCAGGACCUGCAAGUAGCCAAGAUGAGCCUGAUCGACCUGGCAGGCUCGGAGCGAGCUUCGGUCACCAACACCCGGGGCGAACGGCUCCGGGAAGGCGCCAAUAUCAACCGCUCGCUGCUGGCCCUCAUCAACGUCAUCAACGCGCUGGCAGACGCAAAGAGCAAGAAGACCCACAUCCCGUACCGGGACAGCAAGCUGACGCGUUUGCUGAAGGACUCCAUCGGAGGGAACUGCCGCACCAUCAUGAUUGCUGCCGUCAGCCCCUCCGCGCUGGCCUACGAGGACACCUACAACACGCUCAAGUACGCCAACCGGGCCAAGGAGAUCAAGCUGUCGCUGAAGAGCAACGUCCUCAGCCUCGACUGCCACAUCAGUAAAUACGCUGUGAUCUGCGAGCAGCUGAAAGCAGAGGUGGCAGAUCUGCGGGCGAAGCUCCGUGCCUAUGAGGACACCGCCCGGGACGCAGAGAAGCAGCCACCAGCACCACUGGCUGCCCCUAGCUCGAGCCCAGCGGGGUUGCCCAGGUCGGAGGAAGCUGUCCCAAAGAUGUGCUCAGCCCUGGGUGUUCACGGGAUGAGCGAUGGAGGGCAGCAGGAGCUGGGAGCUGGACAGGCUGCUCAGCCACAACUGGAACAGGAGGAGGAGGCUCCCAAGGAAACUCCUCCCAGGAGUCCCAGAGCAACUGAUGGGACAGAUCUCCAGCCGGGAAUGAGGAAACCAAGCUGCCUUCCACAGAGUUUGUCCAGCAGCCAGACAGAAACGCUCGUGGCUGCUAUCCUGAGUGUUGCCCGAAAGCAGUAUUCCCUCCUGAAGGCUGCCAACCUCCUAACUCCUGACAUGAUCUCUGAAUUCGAGGAACUGGAGCGCCUGGUGCACCAGGAGGCUGGUGCAAGCCUGGAGCAAGCCCUGCUGCCGAACAGACCCACAGAUGCCCAGGGGACACAGCAGGGCUGUGACACCGUGGCAGCAGCCACCACGCCUGCUGCUGAGCCCGGCGUCCCCAUGACCAGGGCAGCUCUGCGGCGCUUGCAGCAGCUUGCUCCGCUCUCCAGUCCCACGCUGGCAGCUCCUGGCCUGGCGAGGAAGAGGAGGAGGUCUGAGAUGAGCAAUGCUUCCAGGCUGGAAACUCCCCACAGCCUCAAAACGCAGGCGAAGCGCCAGAGGAAAUCCUCCCCAUGUGGCCUACGGAAGGGCUCCAGGAGAGAAGCGGAGGCUCCCGAGGCGAUGCAGAGCCCGCGCACACCCUGCUACAAAGAGGCCAAAUCCUCCCAGCUGCUGCGGAGUUGCACCCCCAAAAUCUGCCCGCUGACAGUCACCAAAAGACGCGUGCCCCUGAUGACAUCAGCUGCCCAGAACUGCUGCACCCCGACUGUCCUGGCUGCCCGUGACCUGAACGUGACUUUUGACCUCUCCGAGGACAUCGUUUCACCUGGCGUGGCCAAGCCAGACACCUUCAACCUGCCCGAAUUCCCUGGCUGGGAGAACACCCAGUGCCUCUUAAACAAGCAGGGUGGCCCCUUCGUGCCCAGGGCCUCCGUCCCGGUGUUCGCCGUGAGGGGCUCCUCCAUCCCCAAGCCCUCCUCUGUCUCCAAAGCAUCUGCGCGGAAGCGGAGGCGAGCGGUGAGCACCACUUCGUGCUCGCUGGGCGGGCUCCAGAGCAGAAUUGGCCAGCUCUCCAGCAGCAGCCAGAGGUCGGCGCAGCCCCCGAGCAUCCCAGAGCAUCCUCGGCGUGGUCUCGGCUGGAAGAGCAAGCACAGCACCCAGGAGCUGACAGCGCGCGGCAGCGCCUCCACUGCACCCACACUGCCAGCCCCAAAACUCCUGUGCUGAUGGCACCCAGUAUGGCCCAGUCCUCUCCUGGGGUCCCAAACCCAGCUGCCAAACUUCUUCCUCUGGGCCCCAUCAUCUCCCUCCUUGCAGUAGGGCCACCUCCCCUGCCACCUGCAUUUGUCACCCCGUCCCCUGCCACCCUCC